UCCUGUGUUGAGGUUUGGCAUGAGACUGUUCCAAAUGUAUUCUGAUGGUACUUUUGAAACCCUUGUGCUUGGAUUUCGAUUCGGUUGUUUUGUUUUCUCUCCAGCUGUGGUUGACUGAUGGCAGACGAUGCAGACAAAUACAGAGUUGAAAGCUGUCCAGUUUCUCUGGUUCACUUCAUCGUUGGUAUCGAACCAGCACACCUUGCUCUGUUCUCAAGUGAGAUCAAGAAAGCAUACAGACAGAAGGCUUUGAAAUGUCACCCAGACAAGAACCCAGACAAUCCCAAGGCAGUGGAAUUGUUCCAUCAGUUAUCCCAGGCUCUGGAAGUUCUGACAGAUGCAGCUGCAAAGGCAGCCUAUGAUAAAAUCAGAAAAGCGAAAAAGCAGGCAGCAGAGAGGAACCAGAAACUCGACAGCAAGAGAAAGAAAGUAAAGCUUGACUUGGAGGCCCGUGAAAGAGAAGCCCAGCUCAAUGAAGAAGAGGAAAUUAAGAUUGCAAAGAAUUUAGAUGAAGUGAUUGCCAGGCUAAGGGAAGAGGGCUCUAGACAUUUAGAGGAACAGCAGAGGCUUGUCAAAGAACAAAUACUGCUGGAGAGAGAGCAGAGGCUGCGAGGAUCUGAUGUCCGAACUGAUUCCAUAAACAACUCAACCCCUAAACUGAAACUGAAAUGGAAGUGUAAGAAAGAUGACGAAUCAAAUGGUGGCUACUCUCAUGAAUACCUCCUCUCCAUCUUGAAGAAGUACGGUGAGGUUUUGAACCUGCUCAUAUCUAGUAAAAAGAAAGGCUCCGCUAUUGUGGAAUUCUCCUCAACCAAGACUGCUGAGCUUGCUUUUAAAAAUGAGACUGGGUUAACAAGUAACCCACUGAAGAUCUCCUGGUUGGAAGGAUCACCCCCUCCAAAUACAAGCAACCCGACAUCAUCAUCGUUGGAGACAAGUUCAUCUAAUCUGUUCCAGAAUACAGCACGCACAGAACGAGAUUAUGAAAGUCUUGUGAUGAUGCGGAUGCGACAGGCAGCAGAACGACAGCGGCUCAUCAAACAACUUCAAGAGGAUGAUUCUUAAACUUUGGCAUUGGCAAAUGCUUCAGAUUCCCUUCUGUUUCCCUUGAACUGGAAUAAACUGCUCUUUAUUUUUAUUAAUCGGUA